CGAAAGUGGCACAUAUCAGGCAUCUGCCGUCGCGCUCUCCUCGAGUCCUCGACAUAUCAAUCAUAACUAGAACAAAGCAACCAUCAUGGACGCCGAAACAUCUUUACUCUCUCCUUAACUGACGCAAAGACCUGCUCUCGGAGCCUCUUUACUCCUAAUCCAUCCCCCAAGGAGCCACUCCAAGGCAUCUCGGUUGCCAUUCAGUCAACAUGGGUCAAGGCUACUCUAUGACCACCCUUUCCGCGGCAUCCGCCAGCAUAGAUGUCCCUGAACUUGCGGACCUGGUGCACGAGAAGACCCUGGCCUCAGCCCGUUUCAUGAAAAGCGUCCGCGCCAGGAGUCAGCAAGGCUUUGUGUUUGUCAAGGCGGUCAUGAAGCCAUAUUCGUCUUUCCAGGUCCACGAGUAUAUCCGCCAGCUUACAGAAGAGAGGAGUAUUCUGGCCGACAUCCCCAAUGCCCUGGGCUAUCAGCGAAUCAUCGAGGUGCCUAGUGGUGGUUUCCUCGUCCGUCAAUACAUGUUCAGCUCGGUAUACGACCGGAUGAGCACCCGGCCCUUUUUGGAGGAUAUCGAGAAGAAGUGGCUCGCGUUUCAGCUACUCUGCGCGGUUCGCGAUUGCCACGCGCGCAACGUGUACCAUGGUGACAUCAAGACAGAAAACAUUCUCGUCACCUCGUGGAACUGGCUCUAUCUCACCGAUUUUUCCUCCUCGUUCAAACCUGUGAAUCUGCCAGAAGACAACCCAGCCGACUUCUCGUUCUAUUUUGACACUUCGUCGCGACGGACGUGCUACAUUGCUCCAGAAAGGUUCACGUCGGUCAAUCUGGAAGAGACGCAAGGAGAACUGAACUGGGCAAUGGAUAUCUUCAGUGUCGGGUGUGUUAUUGCUGAAAUCUUCCUAGAGGGACCUAUCUUCUCCCUUAGUCAGCUGUUCAAGUAUCGAUCCGGAGACUAUAGCCCCGAGCAUACCCAUCUCAACAAGAUCGAAGACCCUGAGGUGCGGGCAAUGAUUCUCAACAUGAUUGAAUUGGAUCCGGAGAAGCGCUACAAUGCCGAACAACAUCUCUCCUUCUACCGGUCCAAGAUCUUUCCCGAGUACUUUUACAGUUUUCUUCAUCAGUAUAUGCUCAACCUCACCAGGCCUGCUACUGCUCUGAAGCCAGUGGAACUGAAUCUGGGGAGCCUGAGCGAAUUCGACGAGAAGAUUGAACGAGUCUAUUAUGACUUUGAUAAGAUCUCGUUCUUUCUCGGUUAUGGCCCGAGUUCCACAAAACUAUCUUCGCGGUCGCCAUUGACGAUGAAGUCCAGCAACAAAGUCAAAACCCCGGAUGCGGAUCCUAGCCUCUACGAUGGCAGCCUCCUUUUCCUCACCCUAGUCGAGUCCAGUUUAAGGAAUACGGCAAAGGCAUCAGCACGACUCAAGGCGUGCGACCUUUUGGUUGCUUUUGCCGAACGACUUCCAGAUGAGGCGAAAUUGGAUCGAAUCUUACCAUACAUUGUUGGCUUGGUCGCCGAUCAAUCCGAUGUGGUCAGGGCUGCAGCAAUCUACGCAAUGACCUCAAUCUUCGAGAUGAUUGAAGUUGUCUCGCCCAUAAAUGCAUAUGUCUUUCCAGAGUAUAUCCUGCCGCGUUUGAAGCAUUUUGGAUUUGGCCCCUCGGGCGAGCCCAGCGUCCUUGUGCGCUCCGCGUAUGCGUCCUGUCUGGCUUCGUUGGCAUUGUCUGCUGAAAGAGUCCUCGACAUGGUCCACGCCAUCCGGGCAGACGGGCGUCUGUCCGCAUUGCGAGAAGAUGAAUUGGCUUCCCAGCAGUCCUUCGACGCCCUCUAUGAUUAUGGCCGGCGCGAAAUCGUACCUCAUUUUGAAGAAUCGACUGUUGCUUUGAUAACCGAUCCGGAAGCAUCUGUCAGGAGAGCUUUGCUGGGGUCAAUAUCCCGACUGUGCGUCUUUUUCGGCAGUCAACAAUCCAGCGAUGUGAUCCUGACACACCUUAACACGUAUCUGAACGACAAGGACUGGAUAUUGAGGUGCUCGUUUUUUGAAGCGCUUGUUGGAAUCGCAUCCUACAUUGGAGCCACGAGCCUCGAAAAGUUCAUCUUGCCGGUGAUGGUUGGUUCUUUGACUGACCCCGAGAACUUUGUCCUAGAGAAAGUCUUCCGAUCCUUGGCCCGGAUGGCCGCGUUAGGUCUGUUGCAAAAGAGUACAACUUGGGAGCUUGUGGGUAUCGCUGCAAGGUUUUCGAUUCAUCCCAGCAUUUGGGUGCGGGAGAGUGCUAUACAAUUUAUUGUCUUGUCUGCCAAGUACAUCCCUGCAGCAGACCAAUACUGCAUCGUCCUCCCGGUCAUUCAGCCAUUCUUGAAAGGUCCCAUCUCUGCGUUGACGGAAGAGCGAAUAUUGGACAAUCUGAAGCGGCCGUUGCCAAAGAUCGUUUUUGACUCGGCCACCAACUGGGCAGCAAGGAAAGGAAACAGCCUGUUCUGGACAGCUGCAAGCCGAGACGGUGGAUUGACGUUGUCUGAUCCCUCAACACCACAAAAUCCAUCAGCACUCACCAAGCGACUCUUGACCAGGAUACCUCCCUCACAGAAAGACAAAGAUGACCAAAUAUCUCUGGAGAGUCUACGAAAUCUCGGAAUGACUGCGGAUGAUGAGAUCAAGCUCCUUGCGCUUCGCGAGUAUGUACUGAAAAUUUCUAGGCACAAACCGUCUGAGGAUACAGACGAGAGAUACCGCAUGUUGAAUAAUAUCAUCGCUCUGAAUCAGAUCGAUGUUGCCCCGCAGAAUGUUUUCUUUGAUUCCCGUCAGCCGAUCAGAGAGAACACGAGUGGACCUAGGAGGGCACAGAAAAGAUCACGAAUGGAUGAGAGACAUAGUCUGGCAGACGCUCUUUUGGACGCAUCAACCAGCAUUGACGACCAUAUGUCGCGACGGAUUUCGUCCGCAGAGCAAUCCAGCGGAACGGCAACACCAGCUACCAAGCCCAUGGAUAUCCAAAAUCGCAGGCCGUCGGAAAUGAGGACCAAUGGCACACCUACGAUUGCUGUAGAAAGAGCGAGUGUGUCCUCCAGGCCAAGCAUCACAAAUGGAGGGACUUCCAUAAAUGGAGACAGACUGUCUCUGCGCCGCAAUACCUCGCUCGAACUCAGACGUCGAAGCAGCGGUCUGAACCUGAUGAAUCGAACGGAUUCUGCAAAGGCGGACGCCGAAAUCUCCACCAUCUCGGAGAACGCGUUUGGCAAGGUCGAGGUUGAUGGGCAAUUUCAUCGACGAAGUACCGCGGGCCCCUCAGCGUUAUCAGUGACGGCCAGCGUGGCCGCAAAGUCCAGAUCUGUUUCACCUCGCGGCAGUGGCGCGAGGACGCCGCUCUACGAGCCUAACCACUCCUACCAGGGGAACGAUGCCAACGUUUUGCGACUGUUGGACCAUCACUUUUUGGAAAAUUUCCCCAUUGAUCAAAUGGACUUUGGCGGAAAUCGACCUCCUGCCGACACUAGAACACCCAUUCGAAGACCUACCGACGUCUUGCAACAGAGCGGCGGCAAAGCGGCGCAACAGGAAGAGAAAUUCCGCAGUGAGCCAUGGCGCCCUUUAGGCCAGCUGCUGACUCAAUUUUCGGAGCAUACGGCUGCCAUCAAUCGAGUGUGUGCAGCGCCUGAUCACGCCUUUUUUGUGACAGCAUCAGAUGAUGGAACCUGCAAGAUCUGGGACACGAUCAGGUUGGAAAAGAAUGUCACGGCGCGUUCGAGAUAUACGCACCGGCGCACUGAGGGGGUGAGAGUAAAGAGUCUCUGCUUCAUUGAGGAGACGCAUACCUUUCUCAGCGGCGGCGACGAUGGAAGCAUUCAUGCUUUACGGGUCGACUAUAGGAGUGUCGACGGUGGUGAGACUUCGCGGUACGGCAGACCGAGCCUCGUGCGGGACUACCUGAUACCGUCGAACCGAGCUGUGGACAACGUCGGCGGUCCCGAGGGUAGUGCUGCUGGAUCCGUGUCAGAAUACGCCGUGUGGCUUCAUCACUAUCGCACGCCAAACUCCCAAUCUAUCUUACUGGCAGCGACCAACAGAUGUCGUAUUCUUGUGAUCGACAUGAAGAACAUGGAGAUCAUCCACAGCAUGAAUAACCCGGUACAUCAUGGGACACCGACUACGUUCUGUGUCGACAGGAAACGCCAUUGGUUGCUCUUGGGGACGAGCCACGGAAUCUUGGACCUGUGGGACUUGCGGUUCAGGUUGCAUUUGCGUAGUUUUGGCAUUCAAACCGACUCACGAAUAGAUCGGCUCCUGAUUCAUCCCGCAAAAGGUCACGGGAGAUGGGUCAUGGUGAGCGCUGGCGGGGAAAUCAGUGCCUGGGACAUUGAAAAGAUGGUCUGCCGAGAAGUUUUACGACCGAGCACAUUCAGUCCCAAAGGUGGGCAGACCCGCCCGUAUGAAGCGUGGUCUCCAGACGAGGAGAGCAGUGAAAAGAUUCUGUCGCGAUUUGCCAAAGAGGUCUCGGAGAACGACAGCCUCAUCGGACCGCAGUUUCAUCGCGCUUCGACCACUAAUGAGAUGUCGGACGGUUCACCUGUGAAGAGAUCGGCUUCGUCAUCCAGCGCGGCCUCGCCUUCGACCUUUCCGAUCCUUGCAAUGUAUGUCUUCACCGACUACACCCAGAGCUCGAACCCAGAUAGUCCCAACAAACACUCUAUCCUCCUGACCGGAGGUGUUGAUCGAGCCUUGCGAUACUGGGACAUUGGUCGACCGGAGAACAGCUUCAUUGUCUCCGGCCCGCAAUUGCACGAUGCAAACGAGGAUGGCUAUGUGUCGCCUGGGAGCAUCAAGUCCAAAUACAAAUACGAAGUCUCGCAUCCGUUGAGCUUGAGCGCGGGAGCGCAGAUCGCCCUCAUCCAGGAAAAGGUCAACGUUAGUGAGGAAGCCGCCACGCCGGGGCAGUCGCCGAGGAAGACAUCAUCUUAUACCCGUGCUUCGAGAAAUGCCACGACUCAUGUCGCUUCCACUCCCACGAAAAGAUCGAAUACACCUACGCCAAAUGCGACGACGAGCAGUCAGCCUGGCACACCGAAUGUACACCGAAACUCCGGGACAGGCACUGCGUCCACGCCUUCAACCCCCCAAGCAGUCAAACCCCCUCGUAAUACAAUCAUCAGCGCGGCACAGCAGCAAUUGCUCCGAACGCACUUGGAUUCCAUCACCGACGUGGUAAUGCUGAGGAAACCGUAUGGAUGCGUGGUCAGUGUGGACCGAGGUGGGAACAUCUUUAUAUUCCAUUGAGUUGGGCAUCUAUCGCUGGGCAUGGGUCUGAAGAAUGGGUCCUCGUUCUUCCCGAAUGACGAGAUCGCGAGUGUCACUCGCGUUGAAUAAACCCCCUGGGCCUGUGGUCGAGGGACUUAUUUCCCUGGCCAUCCCUUUCGAGAGGGGGCUUGCAGUGUAGUUGCAUCGAAAAGAAAGAGCAAUACCCAUAAAUGAAAUCCGUGAAGCAAGCAUAGAUCCCAACACUUGGUCAGUCAUCGACGGUGCCGAAGCUGACCU